CUUAAGAAACAUUCAAACAUUGACGAAAAGUUUUCUCUUUCAAUGCAUUAAAAUCCCAUUACUCAUUCAUUUCUGAGUGAUUCAUUUUUUUUUUUCUCUCUGUAUUUGUUUGCCAUGAAAAAUGCCGUCUUUAUGGAAAGCAUUUUCACUAUCUUCAAGCUCUCAACACUCUUCUUCUUCUUCUAGUAAUACUUCUUCUCCGGCCGAUUCACCGAAUACCCGGCGGAUUUACGGCGGUGGAAGGAAGCUUACUAGGCAGAGGAAGUUGAGACAUGUUAGUGAUGAUGAUCUUGGUUUACGGAGACCUAAUAUUCAGGCACUGAUUAUUGAUGAACGUUCAAAGUCUUUGCCGGGUUCUCCUGAUUCUUACGCUGAUUUCGGGUCGGGUUCUAGGUCGUCUCACCACCUCCGUCACUGUUCUAAUUCCUCUGCUGUGCCACUGCCGUUGCCGCUCCCUGAGCUCAAUUCUCUGCCUAAACAGAACUCGGUUCACUCUAAUUUGCCGGUUAGAGUUGACAGGGAGCUUUUAAGUCCUCCUCUUGCCAGGGAAUCUUUUGAUCGAACUCCAGCUGAGGUGAAAAGUUCUCAGCAUCCAAGAUCAUCUACUCCAACUUAUCGGCGUAGGGGUUUCCCUCAGGAUCUGAACGCCGAGGGUGUUGAAUUCAGGUUGAACGUUCCUGCUAGAAGUGCCCCAAGUAGUGGUUUUACAAGCCCUGUCCGAAGCCCAAAAAGGUUUAGCACACAGGACCUUUUUCAUCAUCCAUUGCAUCAGGCCUCAUCAUCAACUUCAGAGGCAUACGCUUUCCAACUUUCACCCACAAGGGUUAUAAAUAGCGCUGAUCAUUCUCCAGUGAGUAGCCCAAUUUUACCAAGUUCAGCUAACAGAAUCAGGAACAGCAGAAGUAUUGCUUUGCAUUCACAUCAUAAAUCUCUUCCGGAAAGUUCUCUAGGUUGGAAUGAAGCUAACAACAACAAUGUGCAUCCACUACCCCUUCCACCAGGUGUUCCACGACAACCAGACUUAUGUACCAUGCACAGCAAUAUGGAUAAACCUUGCGUAUCACCAACAAAGGGUCAAUGGCUAAAGGGGAAGCUUUUAGGUCGUGGUACAUAUGGAAGUGUAUAUGAAGCUACCAACUGUGAAACCGGUGCUUUAUGUGCAAUGAAAGAAGUUGAUCUUACUCCUGAUGAUCCUAAAUCUGCUGAAUGUAUAAAGCAGUUAGAACAGGAAAUAAGAGUUCUCCGGCAGUUAAAGCACCAAAAUAUUGUUCAAUAUUAUGGCAGUGAAAUAAUGGAAGAUCGCUUUUGCAUAUAUUUGGAAUAUGUGCACCCCGGUUCAAUUAAUAAGUACGUUCGGGAACAUUGUGGAGCUAUGACAGAGUCAAUAGUUCGAAACUUUACUAGGCAUAUUGUAUCAGGGUUGGCUUACUUGCAUAGCACUAAAACAAUACACAGGGACAUUAAGGGAGCAAAUUUGCUUGUAGAUGCAUCUGGUGUUGUCAAGCUUGCAGAUUUUGGGUUAGCAAAACAUGUAAUGCAGGCUGUGUUGCGCAAAGAUGCCAAUCCAGAGCUUGCCUUAGCUGUUGAUAUAUGGAGCCUGGGCUGUACUGUUAUUGAGAUGUUUACUGGACAGCCCCCUUGGGGCGAACUUAGUUGGGUGCAAGCAAUGUUCGGUGUCUUGAACAAAUCACCACCUAUACCAGAAAAAUUAUCAUCAGAAGGAAAAGAUUUCCUUCAGUGCUGCUUUCGGAGGAAACCUGCAGAUAGGCCAUCAGCUAUGAUGCUACUUGAACAUGCUUUUUUACGUAGUACUAGUUCCCUUGAGCAUAGUAUCAAUGUUGCUGGUUGCUCAGAGGAUUCUCCGGGGAAGAAAUUCCAUGAUACCCUGAGUCCUAAGAACCCAAUGAACCACAAAAAGGAACAAAAACCACUAUUACCAGGAACAUCUGGCAGGCAAGCAAAAUCACCAUGUAGCAGUGAAACUUGCCGGCAAACUCAACCUGAAACCUGUGAAUAUGGAGCAACUUCUCACCAUUCUCCACGUUCUGCACUUGAAGUCUUUCCCUGUAUUACUUCAAUGGAGCUGAACUCGAGUUCACGUGCAGCCAGCCCCUCAAGCGUUCCUAGUAGCUUUCGCCUGGGACCUGAAAACAGAAGUCCUUAUAGAAUCAUAGGGAAGGAAAUUCCAAACCUCUGUAUAAGAUCAUAAAUGAAUGGAGAGGAGGGAAAUUCAUGUACAGAUCAGGAGAAUUAGAUACAGAAAACUUCAGUCGGAUGAUUAGUCAAAAUGUUGCCAUAUGUAAUAUUCAUGUUGUAUUUGAAGGCAUACAUAUCUUUGUAACAUAUUCAUGAAGAAUUGAAGAUGAUUCUGAAGUUAGUAGUGUAUUUUAGAUUGAAAACA